AUGGAUGGCCCUGGAGACGACAGCGCAGCCAAGCAGCAGUCCGUGGGGGCAGGGAAGAAGAAGGGCGGCAUGGCGGCGUUGUUCCCGCAAGCCCUCCACGACCCUGUCUGCAACCGCAAGCUCAUCGCUCUCAGCACAGGCACGCCCUGCCGCCCCGGGCAGGCCCCGCCAAUCGCUGCAGUGCGCCCGGCCGCGCUGGCGCCUGCCCAGAUGCUGUCGUCGAUCGCCACCCUCCUGCACGAUACCUACCUGCCGCUCUACAUGAGCGAUGUCCUGCACAUGAGCAACACCAAGGCGAGCCGGCACCCUGAGGCCAUGGGCAACCUGCACGGCCUGCUGCAGCUGCUGUCCCGCGCCUCUGGCGUCGUCAGCGGCAGGCUGGCCGACGUUCUCAGCCCCGCCAGGCACGCCGCCGCCGCUGCCGCUCCCCUGCCACAGGCCCGGCGCGCGAGCCAGCACAGUGCGAUGGUGAUCCUGGGCGUCGCGCUGACGGCGGUCGUCUGCAAGCCCAUGUUUGCGCUGUGCGGCUCGGUGUACACGGUGGCAGGGGCGGCGGCCUGCGUGGCCUGGAUCACUUACGCUAAGAUGUUUGACCGCAUAGUCAAGGGCGUGCGCGAGGCACCGUCCAAGGCGCUGGUCGGGGAGCUGGCGGCGCAGUCUGGCGACUCUGCGGCCGCCGCCUUCAGCGUGCGGCAGGCGCUGUCCACGCUGGGCAUGCUGCUGGGCUCGGGAGCGGCGGCGCUGGCGUUCCAGCUGACGGGCCGCAGCUACGAGGCGACCUUUGCGCUGUCGGUCAUCCCCGCCCUGCUGGGCCUGGCGCUCGUGGCCAGCGCCCUCAGCGCAGACGCCAAGGCAGCCAAUGCUCACCCAGCAGCCCACAGCGACGCCGGCGGCGCACGCCUCGGCCUGGGCAAAGCGCGCGCAUUCCUGGGGGCCCUGCCCCGCGGCUACUACCAGGCCUUGUUCACCAUGUGCAUACUCUACCUGGCCCGCUUCGACGUGGCCUUCAUCACAGUCCACGCCGGCUCGGUGAUGGACAAGGCGAGCCUGCCGAUGCUCACCCUCUUCUCCAUGCUGCCGGUGGUGGUGCUGGCCGCCCCGCUAGGCAUGCGGGCCAAGGGCAGCGUGCGGUCCCGCAACACAGUGCUGGUGGCGGGCAUAGCGGCCCUGAUAGCUGGGGACCUCUGCUUCGGCUUCUUCCCAAGCGUGCUGGGCAUGGUGCUGGGCUCCACCUUCGUCGGCCUCCACAUGGCCGCUACCCAGGGGGUGCUGUUUGGCAUGCUGGCGGCGUUCAUCCCCAGCCAAGCGGUGCCGGGCCUGGGGCGCAUCAGCGGUACCGUCUGGUCCUUCACCGACCUCCUGCUGGGCGUGGCGCUGGCGUAUUCCAACUCUCUGGCCGGCCGCUUGUGCGACGUGACGGCGGCCCGCGGCAUGGGCAACACGGGGUGCUUCUUCGGGGGUGCGGUGGUCAGUGGCGCCGCCAUCCUGGCGCUGCUGGCGUUCACGGUCUUUGGGGAGCUUGGCAAGGAGGAGCAGGUGGCGGCGGCGCCUAAGGCGGCAUAG